AAACCAGCUGCUUACGAACUACUGAAUUUCAUAGCCAAAGGUGUUCGUACCAGGAUGACCCCAACAAAAAAAUCCUGCGGGUCCCACAAAGUAACAACUCUUCGUCGGACAAUUCGAGACAGAGCCAACAAAGAUGGACACCAGUAGCUUUAGUGACCCCCUCGACGACGAUUCGAUUUCUGUAGACUACUCUUCGACAGGAACUAACACCGAAAGCGACCGUCAUGCCAAGUCUGACGAACGCGACGAAACCAAGGAAGUGCAAAGGUUGGCUUCUUCAGAGACGGCUCAUAUUCGUUUCUGGCGACUUGUGGUUGUGGCUCUACUGCUCAUAUCAGGAACAGUGCUUUCUACGUUCACAUACAUUUUCUUAAAGGGUCAAGAGAAAGACGAUUAUGGAGAUGCGUACUACCUCUUUGUGAACUCUGUUCGUGACAUCACCCAAUUUCGAGUAGUAAAUAUGUUUGAUGCUAUCCAAGGAUUAGGAGAAACACUCACAGCGCAUGCCGUCAAUCGGAACUUGACAUUUCCGUUUGUCACUUUACCCAUGUUCGAAGUCGCCGGACAACACGCGCGAACUCAGUCGCGGAAUGAGCUUCUUUCCUUUGCGCCUUUUGUCGGGGGAGACGAAAAAGAAGCAUGGGAGCGAUAUGCAUUGGAGAACCAGGGAUGGAUUGAACAGGGCCGUGAGAUUAGGCUGGAGAGCGAUCAAAAUGCUCAGGUAACGUCGUUCGUUGAAGGGUCUAUUCCUACCAAUAUAGUCGAGUUUACAGCAUCUGGAGACGUAGGGCUAGCUCCUCCAGGACGUGAUUCCUAUUCGCCCGUUUGGCAGAUGUCUCCUGUCCCAUUCUCAACCGUGUCCUUGAAUUUUAACCUACAAACAUUUGCUCCCGCCAAGCUCGUGAUGGACGCUGUGGAAAUCUUGAAAGCUUUCGUCGAUUUUUUUGUGAUCGUCUCACACCUCCCCACCCGAACCCGCGCCAUAGAUUCUGUUCUAAGCGUGGUAGCGAACAAUUCACAAAACUCGAGAUUGGUGUUGACCGAAAAGGACCACACUGCUUUCCACGAACAGUUUGUUACUAGUAAAGGCGAUGGCAGCCUUCAAGUACAACCCCACGCAUCCAUGUUCACUCCAGUAUACGAGGAACUAGGGAACCGUGAUUCAAAAAUUGUUGGGGUCAUUUCCAGCGUAAUCGCUUUUGAUGCAUUCAUGGCUGACCUGCUACCCGAUAAAGUGAGGGGUAUAUACUCAGUCAUGAAAAAUACAUGUGGACAACAAUUCUCGUACGAGCUGACGGGUAAUCGCGCAAUAUAUCUUGGCAAUGGUGAUCAGCAUGAAACCGCCUUCAACAAAUACGAAGUUGUGAUUCCCUUCGAUGCCUAUCGCGAUCCCGAUCUUGCCGCCAUCACGGAGAAGCAUUGUCGGUAUUCCCUACACAUGUAUCCCAGCCAGCAAUUCGCUCAGGGAUACGAGUCCAACCUUCCCAUUGUUUUCACGUCGCUCGUAGCAGCCACCUUUUUUCUUAUGGCCUUGACAUUUCUGGUUUACGACCGCUUUGUCUACCGCCGGAACAUCAAAGUGGUAGAUGCUGCUGCUCGAUCUAAUGCCAUAGUGUCAUCAUUAUUUCCCUCCAACGUCCGUGAGCGUUUGUUCGAAGACGCAAAGGCAAGAAGCGAUGUCAACCAGGCUGCUCACUCACGUCUCAAAACAUUUCUGCACGGCGGCGACAUUCCUGAAACCGCCAUUAGUGAUGCGAACGAGAUUAACGGGAAUUUUUUCAAGAGCAAGCCUAUUGCGGAGCUCUUCCCGCAAACAACUAUCAUGUUUGGUGACAUCAGUGGUUUCACGGCAUGGAGCUCCUCGCGAGAGCCCACACAGGUUUUCCAGCUCCUCGAGACUUUGUACCACUCCUUUGACGAGAUUGCCAAGAAACGCCGCGUCUUCAAGGUAGAGACGGUCGGCGACUGCUAUGUUGCGGUUGCUGGACUACCUGACCCCCGCAAAGACCAUGCAGUAGUAAUGGCGCGCUUUGCCAAAGACUGCAUGCACCGAAUGCACUCAAUGACGAGAAAGCUGGAAGUCUCUCUGGGCCCAGACACGACAGAUUUGUCUCUUCGCAUCGGAUUGCACAGUGGACCCGUGACUGCCGGCGUGUUACGAGGGGAGCGGUCCCGCUUCCAGCUCUUUGGGGACACUAUGAAUACGGCCGCAAGAAUGGAAAGCAAUGGCAUUCGCGGUCGCAUUCAAAUCUCACAAGAGACGGCCGAUCUAAUCGUAGCUGCUGGUAAGGCGCAUUGGUUCGUUGCGCGCGAGGAUACAAUCGUAGCUAAAGGUAAAGGUGAGCUCAAGACGUUUUGGCUUGCACUCGGAGAUGGGGGAAAGACAAAAUCGACGACAGAUACAACGCACAGCAGUGAUGAUGUUUCCUCGCCCAAUCACAAUAGUUCCAUGAUUCUGGAUGGGCUGAUGGUGACGAGCGCCGAAAGCGAUCAGCAAGUCAACACCCUCAUGUCCAACAAGACUUCGCGUCUGAUCGACUGGAAUGUGGAUGUCCUGUCACGGUUGAUCAAGCAAAUAAUUGCGCAACGCAAGGCUUCCAGCUCGCCGACGAAGGACUCGACCAAAAAGCACUUCUGUCCCGGCGACAACAGAGGAGCCGCGACCACGGUGCUGGACGAAGUGACAGAGAUUUUGGCCCUUCCAGAGUUCGACGCGGAGGCUGCCAGGCGUCAGCAGGAUCCACAGAAUAUUGAGCUGAACGCGAACAUUACCACGCAACUCCAGCAGUAUGUGUCCAACGUUUCUGCCAUGUACCAAAACAACCCCUUUCAUAACUUUGAGCACGCAUCGCACGUGACAAUGUCGGUAGUGAAGCUACUGUCCCGAAUUGUGGCACCAGUGGACGUGGUUGUGUCGGACGGGAAGAACCAAAAGCGCUCCAUCGCUUCCAAGCUGCAUGACCAUACGUAUGGCAUCACAUCGGAUCCAUUGACCCAGUUUGCGUGCGUCUUUUCGGCACUCAUCCACGACGUCGACCACAGUGGAGUUCCCAAUGUGCAGCUGGUAAAAGAGCACAGCAAAAUCGCCAAAUUCUAUCAGGGGAGGAGUGUCGCCGAGCAGAAUUCUGUAGAUCUGGCCUGGGAACUACUACUGGACGAGAGUUUUGAUGACCUGCGAGCCGCUAUCUUCGCCACCGACGGGGAAAAAGCCCGGUUCCGACAGCUGGUGGUCAACUCCGUCAUGGCUACUGACAUCAUGGACCCGGAUUUCAAGGCCAUCCGAAACGCUCGCUGGGAGAAGGCCUUUACAAAGUGUCCCAACCUGGAGGAAGAUGCGAAACAAGCGACGAACCGCAAGGCGACGAUUGUGAUCGAGCACAUGAUUCAGGCCUCCGAUGUCGCGCACACGAUGCAGCACUGGCACAUUUACCGCAAAUGGAACGAGCGUCUUUUCAUGGAGAUGUACCAGGCCUUUAAAAGCGGUCGAGCUGAAAAGAGCCCAGAAACGUUUUGGUACAAAGGCGAGCUCGGAUUUUUCGAUUUCUAUAUCAUUCCGCUGGCUAUGAAGUUGAAGGAUUGCGGUGUGUUCGGAGUGUCGAGUGACGAGUACCUGAAUUACGCUACGCGCAACCGCAAGGAAUGGGAAGAUCGCGGUCAGGAAGUGGUUCGUGAAAUGAUGGAAAAAAUCGGAUUUGGUUCAAUGGAUUCUGAAACUAUGAAAUGA